GUUUUUUUAUAACAGGAAAAUUAUACAAACAGCUUUUUUUCUUCCGUUUAACUUUAUCGAUUUCAAUUGCAAUUUCACAUUCAUAUAUUUUUAUUACUCUUUUUCUUCUCUUCAUUUGAAGCUUUAAACCUACAGCUGAGCUAUUGACGUUUCAAAAAAACACUUUUUAAACAAUGACGGUUGCGCGGUCAGAGAUUCUCAAGCUUUAUCGUAGCUCUCUCAAGGCGGCACAGCAGUUUGAGACAUAUAACUUCCGCAAGUAUUUUUAUCGGCGGACACACGACCGGUUCCACAAUGUUCUGGGGCAGGCAGAUAGUGUCAGCGGGGUUGAGGCGGACAAAGCGCUUCAGGAGGCGCGGUCAGAGCUCAAGGUGAUGCAGCGACAGGCGCUGGUGAACAGGUUGUUUGCGCACAACCGCACGGUCAUCGAAUCAGAUCCGCAAUACGCCAGUGGCGCGCGGCGCUAUGGUGAGUGAGGUGGUUGCGCGAGAGAACCAAACCAAAUCAUGGCAACCUAAUUCAAUUGAGAGACGGUCUCUUUCGAUUCUAUCGCUAAUUUUUUUAGUUU